AUGAAGGAGAAGAAGCUGGAGUACGAACGCGAGCUCACCAUGCUCGAGGUCGCCGGUCUCUCCGAAGUUGAGGAGGCGAUCACCGCACUGGAGGUCACCGUUUCUUAUCAUGACUUGCGGCGGGCUCUGCUGGUCAAUGUUUACAGACGAGAGCUUUGCUGCGAUGACUCGGAGUAG